AUGGGUUGUGGCGCCAGCCGCCCGCGCCGGCCCGGGUCGAGCGGGAGAGUCAAGGCCAAGGCCUUCCCGGAGUCUCAAAGGAUGCAGGUGGCCCGCCUCCGCGCCAAGUUCGACCCCCGAGUCCUCUCCAGAUAUGAUAUCAAGGCUCUUAUCAGGACAGGCAGUUUCAGCAAGUUUGUCAGAAUGGAGCAGAAGACCACCAAGAAACCUUUUGCAAUAAAAGUGAUGGAAACCAGAAUGAGAGAAGGCAGAGAGGCGUGUGAAUCUGAGUUCUCUAUCCUGUGGUGGGUUAGCUAUCAUUACAUCGUCCAGCUCCUGGAGAUCUUUGAGACCCAAGAUCAAGUUUACAUGGUGAUGGAGUUGGCUACAGGAGGGGAAUUCUUUGAUGGACUCAUCUCUCAGGGAUACUUUACAGAGCAGGAUGCUGUCAGAAUCCUCCACAUGGUUGGUGAUGGCAUGAGGUAUUUGAACGCAUUGAAAAUAACUCACAGGGACCUAAAGCCCGAAAAUCUCUUAUGUUAUCACCCAGGUGCAGAGUCAAAAUUUUUUAUCACAGAUUUUGGGUUGGCAACUCGGAACAAAAGUGGUGACUGUACAGUGAGGAUGCUCUGUGGGACCCCAGAGUAAAUAGCCUCUGAGAUUUUGCUAAGGAAACCUUACACCAGUGCAGUUGACAUGUGGGCUUUUGGCCUAAUCACUUAUGUUUUACUUUGUAGAUUCCUGCCUUUUGAUGGUGAAAGCCAUAUGAGAAUUUACAGGACGAUUCUGAAAGGCAAAUAUAAUUACAGAGGAGAUGUAAGCGCUCACUUUCUUUCUAUUGACUUGGUCUGGAAUAGAGUUUCUCAACCUUAG